AAACGACCCCUUACGGGCCUCAGAAAUUCAUUCGCCUUCAUUUCGUCUCUCGUCAAAUCCGAAUCUUUCAGCAGACUCAAAAAACAACAGUGGCUCUUUUGUUGCCCUUCAUUUUGGUCCGAAAUUACGAUCCAACCAACCAUCUACCCACCGCGAAACCCUAGAGAAUCUCCCAAUACGAGAAGCUCUGUGUUGGACCUCAGGGCUUUGAUUCGAUGCAUGCGCGAGGAAGGUACCCACCCGGCAUACACGGUGGUGGCCGUGGCGGCGGAAUGGGGACCGGAAACCCUAGCGGCCCCAAUCCUAAUUUUCAGUAUCGGAACCCUAACCAGCAACAGUACGUUCAAAGGAAUGUAGGGCAGAGUUACCAGCAGUUUCAGCAGCAGAAUCAGCAGCAGUGGUUGAGGAGGAAUCAGGCAGGGGCUGAUUCGGCUGUGGAUGAAGUGGAGAAGACUGUGCAGUCGGAGGCCGUCGAUUCGAGUUCACAAGAUUGGAAGGCACGGCUAAAGAUACCACCACCUGAUACACGCUACAGGACAGAGGAUGUAACGGCCACUAAGGGAAAUGAAUUUGAGGAUUAUUUUCUGAAACGUGAGCUGCUUAUGGGCAUAUAUGAGAAGGGAUUUGAAAGACCAUCUCCCAUUCAGGAAGAGAGUAUUCCAAUUGCUCUAACUGGAAGCGAUAUUCUUGCUAGAGCUAAAAAUGGAACUGGAAAAACAGCAGCAUUUUGCAUUCCUGCCUUGGAAAAAAUUGAUCAAGAUAACAAUGUGAUUCAAGUUGUUAUACUUGUUCCAACACGAGAAUUGGCUCUUCAAACAUCACAAGUGUGUAAGGAGCUUGGGAAACAUCUGAAAAUCCAAGUGAUGGUUACCACUGGUGGCACCAGCUUAAAAGAUGAUAUCAUGCGUUUAUAUCAACCAGUUCAUUUGCUUGUAGGAACUCCUGGAAGAAUACUAGAUCUUUCGAAGAAGGGUGUGUGCAUUUUGAAAGAUUGUUCCAUGCUUGUUAUGGACGAGGCUGAUAAGCUUUUGUCGCCAGAGUUUCAACCUUCGAUAGAGCAACUGAUUCAUUUUAUGCCCUUGAAUCGUCAAAUUUUGCUUUUUUCAGCUACCUUUCCAGUUACUGUUAAGGAUUUUAAAGAUAGAUAUCUCCAAAAACCUUAUAUUAUUAACCUUAUGGAUGAGCUCACUCUCAAGGGUAUUACUCAAUAUUAUGCUUUUGUCGAAGAAAGACAGAAAGUUCACUGCCUAAAUACUCUUUUCUCUAAGCUUCAAAUCAACCAAUCCAUCAUUUUCUGCAACUCGGUGAAUCGAGUGGAACUGUUGGCCAAGAAGAUUACAGAACUUGGCUAUUCUUGCUUCUAUAUCCAUGCAAAGAUGCUGCAAGAUCAUCGCAAUAGAGUAUUUCAUGACUUCCGUAAUGGAGCGUGCAGAAAUCUUGUCUGUACUGAUCUCUUUACACGAGGGAUAGAUAUCCAAGCCGUCAAUGUUGUUAUUAAUUUUGAUUUUCCUAAGAACUCAGAAACAUAUCUGCACAGAGUUGGUCGAUCAGGAAGGUUUGGGCACCUUGGAUUGGCUGUGAAUUUGAUCACCUAUGAGGACCGGUUUAACUUGUAUAGGAUUGAGCAAGAACUUGGGACUGAAAUAAAGCAAAUUCCACCGCAUAUAGAUCAGGCUAUUUACUGUCGGUGACUUGUGGCUGAUAUCAUGCUGUGGUCAACUAUGGUGAGUCACAAUCAAGUGUAACAGCUUUGCUAUGUACAUUGGAAGCCAUCACUCUUGUCCUUAGUAGCAAAUUUUUGCUGCCUAUACAUGGCAGGUUAUUUUAAAACUUUGUGCUCGAUAAGGAUGUUUUUCACUGAACAUUAUAACCUUAGCAUGCCUGAUAUCCUUGGGUUUCUCCUGUUAAUUAGUCUCUUUUCUUGGCAGUUGUUAUGCCAUGGUCUUGCAAAUGGAUAUUCUUGCAGUUUGUUUAAGAAUUGGUGUGAUUUAUCCGUAGUUAUUAUAUGGUGUUACUGUCUGGUUUGAUUCUUUGAAUUAUUUGCAUCUUUUCUUUUUAUAUUAUAGCAAACCUUGCAUGUCAUAAUCUAUAUUUUCCUUUGAGGAAAAUCAUGUGUGCAUAUCUGCAUAAAAUAUGCUUUUAUUUGUGUUGAUGAACUGUGACAGCUACUGUCAAAUCAGAAGCAACUUGCAUGUGAGUCUCCCCUUGACUCUGCUGAAUUAAAGGUUCGAUGCUGCUUCAAAUGUUUCAUUUUACACAAUUGUGACUAAUUCAAAACUGUGGAAUAAAUUGGAUGCUAUAUUUGAAAUUUCAUGGAGUGAUAAUAAGCAUUUGUAGUAUAAUUUGGGGAAUAAUUUUUUAAAAAUAAAAAAAAUAAAAAAAUCAGGAGUUUUGCAUGUUACUGAAAGAGACGGAGACCAUAGAUCAUAUUGUUAUUCUGAAUGAAUUUGGUUUUUCAUAAAUAAUAGGUGGAAUUUAUUACAUGGUUACUUUGAGAUUUGGGUUUGUUUGACCAGAUUCUACCUUUCUGAAAUUCAGUCCGAGCAUACUAUUUUCAAUUCGUGCAUUAAAUAGAAUUGAAAUAUGUAAUAUAAGAAGUUGCCUGUUCUCCAGGGUUCACAAAGCUGCCUGUAGAAGAAAGUCUCUAGCUCUGCUUUUGAGGAUGCACUAAAAAACUAAGGUAUCAAAUGCGGAAGGCCGUCUCUUUGACUCUGAAUGCAUUUUCCCCUUGGAAUGUCUCUCUUAUGUUUUAUGGAGUUUCGUAGCCCUGAAACAUAUUAACAGGACCAACAUUGGGAGCUAUCUCCAAUGGUUUUAUAAAAUCCCAGAUGGAUGCUGGGUCCAGUUUACAGUUUACCUCUUUCUUUUGGUAACAUAGGCUGGCUUGGUACUAUUUGCUCGCACUUAUCCUAGUUUCGAGAAAUCCCAUUUAUGUCACUUUCAUCUUUUCUGUUCUUUCGAUAGUAUGGCCCUAGUUUGAAGUGGCCCUUGCAUUUAGGCUGAAGAUGGAACAAGUUUCUGGCCUUUUCUUUGCAGAAUAACAUUAGAAUCUUUGUUUUUA